UCGAGGUCAAAGCUGUACGUACGGAGUACAUUCCCCAACAAGAAUUUGGGAAUAUCGUCGUAACAUCAUCAGCCAAUUGUUCAAAUCUAGAACUCGCGGGUGCUGUGCAACAUAUUCGGGAGAGUAGUGCCCUUGACUGUCUUUCCUGGCAGCAAUAAUGACCCGUAUGCCUUACAUAUGGGAUCGUAGGCGGACCAUCAUGAAUCCGGAUUUUGGUGUCAUUUCUAUUUCAAUCUUACGGUCAAUCUACCGCGUCGUGGUUCUAGUCCCAUUUACACUCGAUAAGAAUGACUACGGAUCGACCAUUCCGACCGCAAACACAAACAUGCGCUUCAAAAACCCGGGAACGAUGGCAUUUGCCGCCGUCGACGGGGCGGUCACCAGCACAUCUUGCAUGCAAAGCAAAGCAAUCAUACUGUGGGCUACCCUCGGAAUAACUUUGAUAGGCCUUUCUCUUCUCCUUUGCUGCCUUGCACAUGUUUGGAUGGUCACUAAGUGCUUCAUAUGUGUCUCGACUGGAACCCUGUCGAUAACUAUCACUCAAAUCAUUGAUCAACAUUGUCCUGGAUAUACCGUUACUCCAAUUGAAGCCAUGCACGGAUCCAAAGAUGCAAAUGCAGAUGGAGCUAACAUCUUCGAGACCGUGACCAGAUUAAAUAGGACAUUACAAACCACGUAAAGCAGCAGCCGUUGUAAUGAGAAAGGGGUACAGAAUA